UUGUUUACGCGGUGGGAAAAAACUAAAACAGCAGUAUAUCAGGAAAGCAAAGACGUUCUGUGCCUUUAAGUGAAUUGUCAAUUCAUUUGAACUGAGUUAUAUAGUACGUAUUUUCCUUACCUCGCUGCACAAUAUGAUAUAUUAUCAUCAAUUCUUGGAAUAGAGCAGCUCUUUGUUGAUAAUUCCUGAGGUCAAGAGAUUAUCGGCCGCUACAUAUAUCCUAUACGACACGUUGUGGGAAGUUUAGUUAACUGAACUAUAUUAUAAGAAGAUACACGUAUCAACAGACAAGUUUUCAAGAUGAAAUAUUCAUUUUUUGUUUUAAUAUUCGCUAUCACAGUGAUAAAUUAUGAAACUGUCAAUUGUGGAAUAGUGAAAAACUUUUUUGAUGACGUUCAUAAUACUGCUCAUAAAGUGAGAGAAGAUAUUAAAGAUUUGUUGCAUCCAAAAAAAGGUGAGGAUACCCCGACGAAGGCGCAAGAAGAAGUGUCGGUUAAAGAACCGACUGUUAAACCUGCAGAGCAACCUUCUAAAAGUGAGGAGAAGCCAGUAGAAGUCACUACUACUUCGACCCCUAAGGCAGCGUCAGACUCGACUGUUGCCACCACAGCGGCCCCUGCUUCAAAUGUUACGACUACAGAAAAAGACGGACGUGAGAAUUUUAAAGGAAGCUGCGCCACUGGGUACGCACGCACGGCAGAUGGAAGAUGCAAACCUACCUUUUGAAUUUUCCAAUAUAAAUUAUACUAACAAAGUAAAACUAUUGAUGUGUUAAAUUCCAAUGUAAUUAUAAUAUUAAAGAGAUAAUAACACACA